ACAUGGAGACAAUGAGAGUAAACCAGCUCAUAAUGGUUAUUGUGCUUGUGCAUUACCUUAGCCCGGGUGUGGUCUCAGACGACUCGAUUCCUAUUCCGGCUAACAAGGCCGAGGUGAAGAGUUGGUUCAGCUCCAAUGUUGAGCCCGUGGCAAAUAGAAAGAACCUCGACCCCGAGCUGGCUAAGGCCGAGAGUAAUCCUAAACAUAUUAGGGUGAGUAAGGAUGGAAAAGGAGAUUUUGAAACCAUUACAGAUGCCCUAGCAAGUGUUCCUGAAGACAACACACAACGCGUUAUCAUUUCGAUAGGCGGGGGGAAUUAUACCGAGAGGGUGAUUAUCGAAAAGGAGAAGCCCUUCAUCACCUUGUAUGGUGAUCCUGAUGCUACGCCAUUUAUCAAUUUUCAUAAGACAUCUACUAAAGACGGCACCGUACAUAGUGCCACUGUGAUUGUUGAGGCCGAUUACUUCACAGCUAUUAAUAUUAACAUAUUGAAUUCGGCACCAAGGUGGGAAGGUACAACGAAAGGAUCACAAGCAGUGGCGCUAACACAGAGCGGGGACAUGGCGGCGUACUACAACUGUAAACUAUAUGGAUUCCAGGACACGUUUUGUGAUGACGAAGGCCGACAUUUCUUUAAGGAUUGCUACAUCGAAGGCACGGUCGACUUUAUCUUUGGCAAUGGCAAGACUCUCUAUCUGGAUACGGAAUUGCAUGUGAUCGAUGGUGUGAUCGCAGCACAAGCACGACAUACAAACAAAGAGGACACAGGAUACUCUUUCGUGCACUGCAAAAUAACAGGACCCAGGCAAGGCGGGUUUCUAGGGAGAGGAUGGAUGGCCUUUUCCAGGGUCAUAUAUGCCUAUACUGAAAUGACUGAGGCCGUUAGACCCUUGGGAUGGCAUGGAGUGCCCGGCAAACCCCAUUAUGGAGGGACAACCUAUUUCGGAGAAUAUAAGAAUACAGGACCUGGAGCUAAAAUGGAUGGUCGUCCAUAUUUCGCUAAGAAGCUGACUGAUGAAGAAGUGAAGCCUUUCAUCACCCUUGGUUUCAUAGAGGGUUCCAAGUGGUUGCUUCCACCUAUCAAGUUAGAUCCACAUGCUCAAUUAGCUAAGAGUGAACUCUGAACUCGAAUUUGUGCUAGCUUAGCUUGGACUUUACGAUAUGAUCGCAUGCAAUGCAUAUAGAUCAGAGGGAAUACCGGAAAUGAUACAUGGAUUAUGGAUAGACAUCAGAUCAGAAGGCCGGAUUUGUUUGUUUAAUUUAUUAUUAUUAUUAUUUUUAUUUUUUUUUUAACUUCCUCAGGACUCAGGUUAUUGUUAAUUCUAUAUAUUUUGUAGGAAAUAA